AUGUCGAAUCAAGUUCAAGUUUCGCUCAAAGAAGAACAAGAUAGACUAUGGAGAUUGUUUCAUUCUCACAGAAAUGAAAUGAUUGUGACCAAGUCCGGAAGAAAAAUGUUUCCAAAAUUGGACUACGUAGUUCGAGGACUCAAUCAGAACAAGCUUUAUGCAAUGAUGCUUCAUAUCGAGCAGUCGGAUGAUUGUCGAUACAAAUUUAGUAGUGGAGAAUGGAUGAAAUCUGGGAAAGCUGAACAACACAAAGAACCAAAGAAGCUGUGGCAUCCAGAUGGUGUGAGAAGUGGAAAAGACUGGAUGGCCAAUCCAAUCUGUUUCGACCGUGUCAAGAUUACAAACAGCGUUGAUUCCUCGAAUGCUUCUAUGAUUUUCCUCCAUUCAAUGCAUAAAUACACGCCCGUGCUUUCUGUUUACGAGAGCCAAUCCGAGACUCCAAUGGGAAUCCCUCAACCAUCGACUCGUCUCGUCACCUCAGUACGACUGGACUACACAGAAUUCAUAGCUGUCACUGCAUACCAGAAUGAUGCUGUGAUCAAGCUUAAGAUUCAAUUCAAUCCAUUUGCCAAAGGAUUCAGAGAAGGAAGUCAAGGAGACCGGAAGAGAAGUUCUCCGUCUGCAGAUGACUCAACUACAGAUGAAAGUACGUCUCAAGUCUCCUCCCCUCAACCAAAGAAAUCAAGAACUGCUUCAGUUUCCCCUCCAUUAAUGCCACGUCUACCACCUCCAAUAUUCCCGAAUUCUCAUUUUCCAACUUCUACACCCAUCAAUCCUUUCAUAUAUACUCUUCCUUAUUUCACUCAGUUUUCCACUGGAGUCCUACCUCCUAAUCCAUUUCCAUUUCCUCUUGGUUUUCCAUGCUUCUCGCCUCUUUCAUUUCCACCGCAACCUUCCGUUAAAGUAGAAGAGAAAGAUCAGGAAGAAAUUGAGCCGGAGAUUAAUGUUGUCUAA